AGUAAAUGGACGAAAAUGGCCCCACAGAGAUCUUUUUAUUCCUUCAAGACGAGUAGACGAGAACAACUAGUAGAUGAACCAAACAUGGAUAGGGUGUUCUCGCUGAAUGAAAUCUCCGACCGUUUCUGGUCUGACGCACCGGAUGAAUUGUCCAAAAUGAACCGUAGCGAAUCUGAGUGGGCCCUCCAACGUUUUCUUCAGGAGGCUCAACAGGGAUCUUCUCCAAAACAAUCUUCUUCAGCUUCUUCUGACACCGAAAGCCACACUGUCGUUGAGAUCAAAACUCCUUCAAGUAACAAGAAUGGUAAAAACGUUGCUGAUGUAAACGGAGGCAACAAAACGACAGUGUCGUUUAAUGUGGGCGCUGCAAAUGGUUGUGCUUCGAAUGCUCUGGUGGAUAGCGAGGACUACCAGACUGUUCUUAAGAACAAGCUUAAUCUAGCUUGUGCUGCUGUUGCUAUGUCUCGUGGAGCUUUUGCAAGACCCCAAGAUUCUUCUGUAAGAGCUGAUAGUGGAUCACAGGCUUCCAAUACUUCACAACUGGGAUCUCAUCCUCCUUCCAAAGGAGCUGCAUUGUCUAGGGCCGAAGAAAAGGAUUCUAAUGGACUUAAUGGAAUUCCCUCGUCAACCACUCAGACGAAAAAUGUUGCUCCAAUGAAGUCUGCAGACAGUGGGUCAUCAAGAGAACAGUCCGAAGAUGAUGAAGUUGAUGGAGAAACUGAAAUAACUGAGAAUGCGGACCCUGCUGAUGCAAAACGUGUCAGGAGAAUGCUUUCCAAUAGAGAAUCAGCUAGACGCUCUAGGAGAAGAAAGCAGGCCCAUUUGACUGAGAUUGAGACACAGGUUUCUCAAUUAAGAGUUGAAAAUUCAUCUCUACUGAAUCGUCUUGCUGACAUAAGCCAAAAAUACAAUGAAGCAGCUGUCGACAACAGAGUUCUGAAAGCUGAUGUUGAAACAUUAAGGGCAAAGGUGAAGAUGGCUGAGGAGUCGGUUAAAAGACUUACUGGACUGAACCCUAUGUUUCAUGGCAUGUUGGAAGUAUCCACAAUGAGUCUUCCAUCAUUCAGUGGAAGCCCUUCCGAUACAUCAACAGAUGCUGCUGUUCCUGUGCAAGAUGACUCCGAUCAUUACUUAUUUCAUGCCCCAGAUAAUCAUAUGUCUUCUCUUGGCCAGAGUGUCAACAAUGCUUUGACUGACAUUUCUUCUGCUGAAAAUGUGCAAUCAGUUGGUGGAGCAGCAUCCCGGACAGGGAAUGAGAUAGGAAGAACUGUUUCUAUGCAGCGAGUGGCUAGCUUGGAGCAUUUGCAAAAGAGAAUUCGUGGGGGGUUAAGUCCUCAUGGACCCAGGUCCAGUGGAAAACAGUAGUAACAACAGCUUGACCGUUGUCUGGAAAAGGUUCUUGUUGAAGAAUGAUUCAAUUGCAGCACUUUGUUGGGUUUCAAACUGUAUGUAAUAACUCUUAUUCUUCUGAGUUAAAUGCUUUUGGUUAGAAUGCUUUGAAGUUCAUUUGCAGGCUUCAGCAUUUUAAUCCCUGCGACUUUUGUUAA